CGAGCGAUGAUUUAAAUGAGAGGAAGUGCCAAUUAGGACGCAAGUAUACGAUCACAUAUCUAUUUACUUUGGUUUCUUCCCAUUUCCUGGUUCUUGAGAGAUUCUGAGGCUCAAAAUUGGCUUAAGUCAAUAUAUCUAAUCUAUACUUAGUUCCUCUUAUCUUGCCGUAGCGUCAUCACAUAUAGCUUACUCGACAUGUCAUCAGAAAAAAAGAUUUAUCACGAAAACGGUAAUUUCACUCGGCCAGAUAGCAUUUUCCGAAAUUUCGUUUCCAAGGACCCAAACUCACGGUUUCCUGCUGAAAAGGGCCGCUAUGCCCUGUAUCUCUCCCCUGGUUGUCCAUGGGCACAUAGAACUUUGAUAGUUCGGUUUCUGAAAGGACUUGAUUCUAUAAUUGAUGUUUACCAACUCCAUUUCACUAUGGGCCCUGAGGGAUGGUAUUUUAGCGGCGAAGGAGGCUCUCUAACCGAAGAUCCUCUGCACGGGUUCAAGAAGCUCAAAGAAUUGUACCUCAAAGCCGACCCUGACUAUACAGGUCGCUACACCGUACCUGUAUUAUGGGAUAAAAAAGCCGACGUCCUUGUCAACAAUGAAUCUUCAGAAAUUAUCCGUAUGCUCUAUUCAGAAUUUGACGAGUUUUUGCCGGCGCACCUUCGUGAGGAGAACCGACCUGGUAAAGGCCUAUAUCCGCCGCAACUCAGAGCUGAGAUUGAUGUGAUGAAUGAAUGGGUAUAUAACACCGUGAACAAUGGUGUCUACAAGGUUGGCUUCUCAAAGUCUCAGAAAGCAUAUGAUGAAAAUAUCUAUCCACUAUUCGCAUCCCUCGAUCGCCUUGAAGAGCAUCUUAGCCACAGAAAGCCUUUUCUUUUCGGCGACUCAAUCACUGAGGCCGACAUACGUUUAUACACCACAUUGGCGCGAUUUGACGUUGCGUACCACAGCGUCUUUCAAUGUAACCUCAAAUCGAUCCGACACGAUUAUCCCCGGCUGCACGCCUGGCUUCGGAGGCUAUACUGGGAUCAAGAUCAAGAAGGGCCAUUGCGCGCGGCAUUUUAUCGCACAACAGAACCUAAUAUAUCGCGGUAUGCUCUGGGUUAUGCGGAUUCUAGGUGGAAGAUCGUACUAGAGAGCCAGGGACCGCUGGUGGUGCCCGCAGGGCCACUGGUACUUAUGGAGCCUCUCUGAACAGAGUGCAAGCAUAUUUAAAUGAUAUUUUCGUAGCAUAUCAUCGAUAUGCCAAUCUUAAUAGCGAUUAAAAUUCUGUUUACAGUCAACGUCAC